ACCAACAUGCGGAGCUGCGCGGACCAGUCGGAGAAGUUGGACUCAGGAGCCGGUGCGAGGACUUGCGUGAGCGCUGCUGCGAGCCUCUUUUCUCAGCUCAACCUGCGUUGACGUGGACGUAACUGGAUGUAAAUAUCGGUCCUGGAUGUGGGAUAUCUCUCUCUGACUCGUCGUAUCCCUGUCUCAACUUUUUGGAUAAGACAUUUUGGAGACAGCAAUGCGCGCAGGAUCCCACUAACAAAUGACCGCUCUGAGUUUACUCGCCACUCCUCCGCUUCUCCCCCUCUUCUUCACCUCCCUCCAUCUGCGUGUCAGGGACUGACCUAGUCUGCUCGUCUCCAUGUGGCCACCUCGCCACUGGACCGGGAUGAGGGCAGUGGGUUGGCCGGUGCCGGUCACCGUCCUCGGGGCUCUGCUGCUGGUCAUCAUGGACGUGAAGGCCAGUGGCGAGUACUGUCACGGCUGGCAGGACCCCGCGGGAGUGUGGAAGGAAGGCUUCCAGUGUCCGGAGAAGAUCGAUGGAGAGGACGCGAUCAUCUGCUGCGGGAAGUGCGAGCUGCGGUACUGCUGCUCCAGCACCGAGGCCAGGCUGGACCAGGGCAGCUGUGACAACGACCGGCAGGCGCAGCAGCCCGGGACCGAGACCAAGAAAGACAAGGAUUCUGGAGCAGUGCCCAUCUACGUGCCCUUCCUGAUUGUGGGCUCUGUCUUCGUGGCCUUCAUCCUGGUGGGCUCUGUGGUGGCCAUGUGCUGCUGCCGCUGUCUCCGACCCAAGCCAGAGUUGUCGUCCUCUCCUGGGGCCACGGGCAGCGGACCCGGCAGCGGGCGCCUGCUGGAGACUAUCCCCAUGAUGGCCAGCGUGGGCACCUCCAGAGGCUCCUCCUCCCGCCAGUCCAGCACAGCUACGUCCUCCAGCUCCUCAGCGCCCCCAGCCGCCCCCCGGCCCGCGGCCCCUCCGGUAAUGAGGGCCCAGGCCUCCUGCUGCCUGCCCCCAGACGCCAGCGUCUUCGUCAACAUGCCCACCAACUUCUCGGUGCUCAACUGCCAGCAGGCCACUCAGAUCAUGCCUCACCAGGGACAGUUCCUGCACCCUCAGUACAUCGGCUACGCCCACCCUGUUGCCGCCACCCCUGCCUUUUUGGACCCUACCCAGGGUGUAUAUAGACCCCUCCAGUCCCCCUGCCCUCCGCCCACCGCCGGGUCCUCCAGUGUCACGGGCGACCAGAAAUACCCACCAGUGACAGUGUGAUGAAUGUCUGGACUCUGUGGUGAAGUUCCUCCUGUGAGGUCCGAGUCGGGGCCCUGACUGGAGCCUGCUGCUCCGCCAACGUGUGCCUUGCUUUUACACUCACAAACUCACAAAUGUGAGAUCAAGUCCGAGCCUCUGUUAUGACAAUGAAUGGCCACCGAGCAAAAAAAAACUUCUUAUUUGAUUGAAAAAAAGUUUUCCAUCAACAUAUUUUAAAUCCGCCCCAGGUCAUCGUGUCUGUCGGCAGCCACUCUCCAUCUUCACCUCCGUGGAACAAACACUUGCUUUGUGCAGAAUAAAAUACCAAACUUGAGGCUGCAAAUCACUCUCACCGGUGUGAUGACAUCACGUUGGCCUCCUUAACAGACCGGCGACUGUUACGUCUGAUAUUUGGUCGAUUCACACGUGGGAAUGAGCUGGAACUCUAAAGAGGCAAAUGAAUACCGAGGCAAGUGCUGAGGGAGAAAACGCUCGCCACUCAAAUAUUGACUGAAAGAUUGAAAAAAAACAAACAGAUUUGCUGUCUUAUGUGAGCAGAGUUGAGUGACGGCUGAACGGGGCAGAGGAGAGGACCACAUGCUGCGCUCGUGCCACGUGCACAUCUGCACUCGGGGACUGUUCAGUUGGAGUGGCUGUGUGAGUGUGUGAGAAGUGUGACGUGCGUGAGUCAAGUGGUGAUGGCCAAAGCAGCUGCGAUGCAAUGUGAAAAGCAGUCGCAGUCUCCCUGAAGACCAUUGUAGGAGGCCAUCUUGUCCCCCCCACCCCUCAAAAAGAAUGUGUCAGGAACACACACUGCUAAUAUCGGUGAUAUUAUUUCGACAAAACUGUGCAACCCUUGAACACUUCAAGCCAUUGACAUUCAGAGCGUGGACUGAGGCCGUGAUGGUGGCGGCGUAAAACAAACACCUACCAGCAAAAACCUUCCACAGAGGAGGGUGACGACAAAUUCCCAGUAAUAAUCUACACACACACACAACAGCUCAUGAUGACUUCAAGUCCAAAUGUUUCUCUUUUUCCAAAAAGAAUAGAGGAAUGUGUGCGUGGAGUCACCCCCUGGUUUGGUAACUCAGUAACAUACAACUUCAGGAAUUUGUUGCUCCAGUGAACAUGGAGCAACGUGGGAUGUCCAGGAGACCUGGGAGUGCUGUGUGUGUGUGUGUGUGUGUGUGCGGAUGUGUGUCCACAUGCAAUUUCUGUUACAAAAAUAAAAGCAUCAGUCACUGUGGCGGGAAUAUUUAAGUCCAGUUUGUUUUUCUUUGUAAAGUUUGAUUAAUUGGAAGACAAAAUAAAAAAAAGAAAACACUGGUCUGUCACACUGGCUGGUUCCCACGCGGCUACAGACUCUGGACCCACCCGAAAGAAUCAGCACAGCACAAAAACAAGAACUUCAAGAUCAUGAAAAGUCACUGAUGUGUAGUUAGAAGUAGUAUGCUGAACUUUGUUUCAAGAGUGUGUCCACAACAUGAUUUAUUCCACAUUGAGUCAAUAAAAAAAAAAACUUAAGUCAAGACUAAAAAAUGACUAUUGGACGGGGGAAUUGACCCACAGUCAAAUGAUUAAUGGAAAUAUAUAUAUUUUUUUUUAAAUGCUUGAAUGAAAAAGGCUCUGAGCUCUGAGAAAAACAAUGAUGACAAAACUGUAUUUUAAAGAGGAAGAGGUACAUUUUUAUGCAGGUAUGGAGAAUGUGAGGAUACAAAAGAAGCAUGUUUUCCUCUGAAAGACAAGAAGACACCAGAGAAAAUCAGUUGCAACGCUUCACAGUGAUGUCAUUACUUAAAUUAAAAUCAGCCUUCAGAAUAUCCAAAUCUCAAGAGAACAUCACUGUGUUGACAGGUGCCUAACUACGACCGAGCAAAUACUCUUGAAAUUGUAUCAAAACAAAUGAUCUGGUUCCAGAAAUGGGACAGUUUUCAUUAACUCACAGCCGACAUGAGACAUCAGGACUGUAAAGCAGACAGCUGGAUGCUUUAUAUCUCCAUCAGACACUGUGUAAAUAAGUUAUUUUAGAAAUGAUUAAUACAAAAAAAUGAUACGCAAGUCCAAAAAUAAAGUAUGAAAUGAGAUUCAAAUGAAUCUAAUUUAAAAAAAUAAAAUAAACACUGGCAGGGAACUCAUUUUAAAAAUAAUUUAGAAAAGAUAAAUGACAACGUCCUGAAAUUUCGGCGUGACAUAUUAAAUAAAAUCAUAAUAUAUGACACUGAAAACAAACAAACAAAUUCAAAUUUAAAAAAAGAAAAUAAUACAUAUAAUUUUAAAAUCAGUUCAGUUGAAAUGAAGCCCAAUAAAAGGCUAUAUGCAAAAUUCAAGAGCCACGUCAUAUAUUGGGACUAUUAUAAAGAGGGGUCAAGCCAAAACAGAAGAAGAAGAUUUUGAUACUCUCAUAUUAUAAGUGUAAUUGAGCCAUGACAUUACAUGAUUAACAUGAGUUAUUUGAUUGUAUAUUUGCUUUUGUAAGCCAUUUUUCAAAUAUUCUCAAAAUAAAUGGUAAAUAUUGGUCGACCUUUCUAAAUGGCAAAUGUGUUGGUCACUGAACUAUGGGUGAAAGGUGAUUUACUACAUGGUAUUUUUUGUUUGUUUGACAAAAUACUUUUUAAAUGAGUGUUACCUAUUAAAAGAGUCGAAUUGAGACCUCUUGAGGGCCGCACCUCUGCCAUGUAUGCUUCCGUUGUUAUUUCUAAUUGAACAUUUUGAGAAAAAUCCUCAAGAAUCUGAAGUGCAAAGUCUCUGGAGGAACAUGAUGUGAGUGUUGUAGCUGAGACAGAGACCAGAACAUACAGAGACCAACGUGCAAGACAGACUUUGAAGGCCUGGAACUGAGGCGAGACCAAACUGAAUACAGAACUAGCUACUUGUUUGUACUUAUAAUAGCAUUUCAGUUCUUGAAUUAUUUUUGGAAAAACUGGACUGGUUCUUCUUCUGGUGUGUUAAAUAGAUUAAAACAUUUUUGGAGCAUGGCGCCUGUAGAUGAGCAAUAUUUGUCAAAGAGAUGUUUGCAGAAGACACAUCUGUGUGAUAAAUGAGUUUCCACCGUCUGAGAUUGAUAAUCCCGCUGACACACACACA